AUGGCAUUCGCCGCAAUAAAUUCAUCGGCUACGAAAAAGAUUCCAGCCAUUGAAGAUGCCUUCGCCGCCGAACCUUCUUUGAAGAAACGAGUCUACGAUGCGAUCGGGACUACCCCGCAAUAUAUACCUCUCUUCGAGGACAUUGCCAAAUAUACCUCCAACCUGCUGGUCAGGAAUGCGAGCGCCCCCGUUCAGCCUGUCGAGACGCCUACAGACGGUCCCGCGGCGAAGAAACGAAAGCUACAGAAUGGAGAUACUGCAGGACAGGCACAAUCGUCAGGUGAUUUGAAGGCCGAUGCGCCGUUACAAUUCUACAUGCAGGAUGUUUCCUUCGCUGUUCCGCAACGGAAAAAGCUUACACUCGAAAUUACGGCCGGGCGCGGUUUUCUUCGCGCAAGGAAUCAGACCUCGAAGGCAGUGGAGUUUGGCAUCCACGUGGACAAAAUACAGCAUGUCCUUUGCCUUCCUGUCCCGGAAAAGAACCAGAAGCAGUUCAAUUUCUGCAUUAUCCCCCAAUAUGGCGAUGGUAUAAACCCACCACCGGAGGGCGAAAUUGCCCCCGAGGCGAUGGUGUGGACGGUCAACGACGGUCCUCCCAAGGCUGCAUUCUCGGGGAAUGGACAACAGAUGGGAACCAGCGAUGGGGAAACAGCUGAGAAUGUUGUUAGGCAAAUGCUAAAUGAAAAUGUAUUGCAUACAAAGGUGGUGCGCCCAGAUGAGAGGGAAUUUGUCAGUGCCAUGCCUGAGGCGCAUCGAAAGGGAGAGAAAGCCUACCAUGUUAAGGCCUUCCGUGGCAGUAAGGAAGGAUAUCUCUUCUUUUUGUCCACAGGCAUAUUGUUUGGAUUCAAAAAGCCCCUAGUCUUUUUUGCUUUCGAGAACAUCGACUCAAUCUCAUACACCUCUGUACUUCAGCGAACUUUCAACCUGAACAUUGUGGCUCGGCCUACUUCGAGUGAUGAAACGCAGGAGCUGGAGUUUUCUAUGAUCGAUCAGGCGGACUUUGCCGGUAUCGAUACUUACAUCAAGAAACACGGUCUACAGGAUGCUAGUCUUGCAGAAGCCCGACGUGCGAAGAGAUAUAAUAUUAACGGAGCGAAGACUGGGGAGGAAGGCGCUAUGGAUACGGAAGGUCCCGUCGAGGAAGAGAGCGAGUUGCAGAAGGCGCAACGCGAGCUGGAUGACGAGGAAGACGAAGAUGAAGAGGACUAUGAUCCCGGCAGCGAUGAUAGUAAUGAUGGUAGUGGCUCCAGCAGCGAGGAAGACUCUGAUGAGGAUGGUGAUGAAGAUGAAGAAGAUGACGAGGAAGAGCGAGAUCUUCUCGCAGAUGAGCUUGGGAGCGAGGCGGAGGAUGUUCCUGCUGACCAGCUGUGACGGAACACUUGUCAUACUUAAAGAACUGUACGAAAUACUGGACGUUUCAUGGUUGCGAUGCCAUAUUCAUCUCGGUGGAUUGAUGCCCUGCAGGCCAGACCAGUCAGGCGUAGGUUGUUGAUGUUUCAUC